UUCAGUUGUAAGGACACGAGGGAGAGACCCAAGUAGAGACAUCGACCAUUUAUAGCGCAAUUGAGAGCUACCUGUGGGGAAUGGCUACCGAGGCACCUGCUUUACUAUUUUGCCUAAAGGCGAGCUUUAUUCUACUUCUGGGAAGUUUGGUGACCGAGGCUGUCCAAGAGCAAGGGAGUCUGUACAUGUGGAUCGAUGCCAACCAGGCGAGGAUACUAAUUGGUUUUGAAGAAGACAUUUUAAUUGUGUCCGAGGCGAAAAUGGCCCCUUUUACGCACGACUUCAAAAAAGCCCAGCAGCGGAUGCCCGCAAUUCCUGUCAAUAUACACCACGUGAACUUCACCUGGCAAGCAACAGGGCAGGCGGAAUACUUUUAUGAGUUCCAGACUCUUCGUUCCCUUGAUAAAGACAUCAUGGAUGAUCCAACAGUCAACAUGCCUUUACUGGGCUCCGUGCCACAUAAGGCCUCAGUGGUCCAGGUGGGCUUCCCAUGCAGAGGCGAUCAGGACGGCGUAGCUGCGUUUGAGGUGACCAUUCUGGUGAUGGAUGGUGGUGGCAAUGUCAUCCUAAGAACACCACACAACGCCAUCUUCUUCAAGACCUGUCAGAGAGCCAAGUGUCCUGGGGGAUGCCGUAACAGAGGCUUCUGCAAUGAAAGACACGUCUGCGAGUGCCAGGAUGGGUUCUAUGGGCCCCACUGUGAGAAAGCCCUCUGCUCUCCACGAUGCCUCAACGGAGGCCUGUGCAUGAGCCCGGGUGUCUGCAUAUGCCCACCCGGCUACUACGGCCCCAGCUGCGACAAAGCCAACUGCACCACCACCUGUAUGAAUGGGGGGACCUGCUUCCACCCAGGAAAGUGCAUUUGCCCAGCAGGCUACGAGGGAGCCCGCUGUGAAAUCAGUAAAUGUCCUCAGCCAUGCAGGAAUGGAGGCAAGUGCAUGGGGAAGAACAAGUGCAAAUGCAGCAAAGGGUUCCAUGGUGACCUUUGCUCCAAGGCUGUCUGCGAGCCCAGCUGUGGAGCACAUGGGACGUGCGUGGAGCCCAACAGGUGCCAGUGUAAGGAAGGAUGGCAUGGACGUCACUGCAACAAGAGGUAUCGAGGUGGUGCCUCCAACAGUCACCGAGCAGCCAGCCCCAAGAUGAGGACGCACGCGGUGUCAACCAAAGAAGCCAAGGACACCACUGAUGCUAGCCAGCCCGCUGAGACCAAUUACGUAGUAUGAGCAGUUCAAGCACUCAAUGCCACUGAGAUUCCACAUCUCUCUCUC